GUUAGAUUGAAAUCAUAGUUUAUGCUGGUAAUGGUUGUUCAAACGUAGAUAUGGCGUAGGUGUGUGACAUGCUGUAGAGGCAUGUAAUUUGAGUCCAAAAUGUUUGUAAAAUACGUCAUAUUAAUGUCCAUGGCAGUAUUUGGUAUUAUGCUUUACUUACAUGAUUAUCAUCUAUCAUCAUUCAGUCAGCUUUUUACAAUUUAUCCGCAGUUGCACUCAACAUUGAUUGAUCUGUAUGGUACUGUAGUUUUUAAAUGGUUUGACUCGGGGUAUAGUAGAGUGCCAAGGAAAAGUAAAGAUGUAUUAUUUACCAAAGAAGAAUUACAGGAAUACUCGGAAUCAAACAAGGGGUUGUACUUAGCAAUUCUUGGUAAGGUGUAUGAUGUUGGGAAAGGCGAAAAAUUUUAUGCAUCUGGGGGAAACUACCAUUUCUUUACAGGCCGUGACGGUAGCAGAGCCUUCAUUACAGGAGAUUUUACAGAUUCUGGCUUAACAGAUGAUGUGACUGGUCUUACAGUAAAGGAACUCAUUAAUCUUCAUGAAUGGGCCCAGUAUUACCAUAAAGAGUAUAAAUAUAAGGGCAAAGUAAUUGGUCGAUAUUAUGAUGAUGAAGGCCAGCCAACUUCAUAUUACCAUCAAGUAAAGAAAUUAAUAAACAAAGCAAAAAGAACCAAAGAGGAACAAGAUAAAGAAAAACUCUCAUACCCUCCAUGUAAUGCAGAAUGGAGUCUGGAGUCGGGAAGCCGCGUAUGGUGUUCAACACGGAGUGGUGGUAUUGAGCGGGAUUGGAUUGGAGUACCAAGGCAACUCUAUGAUCCAGGAUCUCACACAUACAGAUGCAUAUGCAUAAGAGAAAAUGAAACUGAUGGGCCUAAUAAGAAGGGAAACAUCAAAGAAUAUCCUGAAUGCAACCCAAAGUCAACCAGUUGUUGGGUACAUUCCUAAGUUGCUGAUCAUAUGCACUGCGUAAGAAAAAAAAGUUUGCCCUUCACUAAGACCCAGCCAAAUUCUUGUUACCCAGAUAUGGUAAAUACAAAUGAAAGGUUUAGAAAGGGGUGUUACACAAAUUCUACCAUCAGCCCUAAAAGUGAAGUACCUUGAUGGUUCCAACUGCCCAUUUGUUAUAUUGCAAAUGUUUGAAAUUGAUAAAUUUCUUUAUACAGUACAACCCCGCUAUAACGCGGGUCGUGGGGGGCGGGUAAACCUGCGUUAUAGAGAAAACGCGUUAUUACGGGAGUGCAUUGGAAAUGAAAGCAGUUUAAAAAUACAAGUCACUUUAUUUUAGCGGUAAACAAAAAUACAGGACAAAAUGUACGUAAGGAAAUUAAAAGAAAAAAACGCUUUUAGCAUACUUGAUAGUUCACAAUAAAAUUACACCAGAGGUAAAACUGCAUGACACGACAGCUGUGAAUGACAAUGGGUAACUGAACGUGGUCAUAUCCUGUACAACUUGAAAUUUAUUUUAAAAUAAACUAUUUUUGCCAACCGGUAUUUCGAAGAACUACCCAAAAUGAUGGCUAUUGUAAAAUAAACAUCCUGUUUAUAGUAGGUCUGUUACGCCUAAUUAGUUCAGUACACUUCCCUACGUUACGAGUCAUAGUACAGUAUAUAAAUAAAGGCUUUUGAAUAAAAGUACAGUAUGCACAAAAAUUAUCGCUACUUCGUAGGUAAUGUAAUGGUACAUGUUAAGAAAUGAAUCUUGAGUUCUUGUGAAGGAAUUGAUGCACUUUUUUUUUUUGCUGCACUAUGGGGGACAUGAGGUGCCCGUGUUAUAUCCAGAACCACAUUGUAGAGGGGUUGUACUGUAUUAGAGUUAACAUUGUGAUGGAAAUAGGGCUGUUUUUGUUAGAAUCUUUAUUUUUCGGUCUUCCUAUGAAGCUUGAAGAUUAAAACAUACAAAACUAUUUUUAUAGGUGUGAAACUUGGUAUCUUACCAUUAAUCAGUAAUGGCCAUCUUUUGUUGCUUUCUAUAUUGUAAGUUUAUGGCACUACAUAGAUACAAAAUUGGCCCAAUAUCUACUAUGCACUAGAAAGUAUUAUUUUAUAUACUUUAUGUUUGCUAUGUUUUGAUGUCUAAUAAAGCUUGUUUUUCUUAUGGUA